UUCACGAGACGGCUUUUUCAUCGACCUCGCAUCUGCGCAAACACUUAGCAGUCUAGCAACAAUCGCUGACCUCUCUAGAUCACAAAUUCACAAUGAGCUCCUACGAAAACUCCGUCUACCUGGCCAAGUUGGCCGAGCAGGCCGAGCGUUAUGAGGAAAUGGUGGAGAACAUGAAGGCUGUGGCCUCCGCAGACCAAGAACUCAGCGUCGAGGAGCGGAACUUGCUAUCCGUUGCCUACAAGAACGUCAUUGGGGCCCGCCGCGCGUCGUGGAGAAUCGUCACAUCCAUCGAACAAAAGGAGGAGUCCAAGGGCAACGAGGCGCAGGUCGGUCUGAUCAAGGAGUACCGCCAGAAAAUCGAGGCCGAGCUGGCCAAGAUCUGCGAGGACAUCCUGGAGUGCCUCGACGGCCAUCUCAUCCCGUCUGCCGAGAGCGGUGAAUCCAAGGUUUUCUACCACAAGAUGAAGGGUGAUUACCACCGUUACCUCGCUGAGUUCGCCAUUGGCGAUAAGCGUCGCACUUCAGCGGACAAGUCUUUGGAGGCAUAUAAGGCCGCAACUGAGGUUGCGCAGACCAACCUGGCUCCUACUCACCCCAUCCGCCUUGGUCUUGCCCUCAACUUCUCGGUCUUCUACUACGAGAUCCUCAACUCGCCCGACCAGGCAUGCCAGCUUGCCAAGCAGGCCUUCGACGAUGCGAUCGCUGAACUCGACACCCUCUCUGAGGAGUCCUACAAGGAUUCCACUCUCAUCAUGCAACUUCUACGGGACAACCUCGUAAGUUUCUCCCUCCAAACCCAAAGCCCCCGCUCACACAAUUAGACCCUCUGGACCUCGUCCGAGGCCGAGCCAGCUGCUGAACCUGCCACCGAAGCUGCCGCUCCUACGGAGCCAAAGCCCGAGGCCGCUGA